AUGAAUACGACAGCGCCUACUUCGGCAGAUGCCUGUCUUAGUAUCGUCCACUCGUUAAUGUGCCACCGGCAAGGGGGUGAGAGUGAAGGAUUCUCAAAGAGAGCUAUUGAGUCUUUAGUAAAGAAAUUAAAAGAGAAACGAGAUGAACUAGAUUCAUUAAUUACUGCUAUAACAACUAAUGGUGCACAUCCAAGUAAAUGUGUUACAAUUCAACGGACAUUAGAUGGUAGAUUACAGGUUGCGGGACGAAAAGGAUUUCCUCAUGUUAUAUAUGCUAGAAUUUGGCGCUGGCCGGACCUGCACAAAAAUGAGCUGAAACAUGUAAAAUUCUGUCAGUUUGCAUUUGACCUAAAAUGUGAUUCAGUGUGUGUUAAUCCAUAUCACUAUGAAAGGGUUGUGUCCCCUGGAAUUGACUUAUCAAACCUUACACUCCAAUCAGGGCCUAGUCGGCUAGUAAAAGAUGAGUAUACCGCUGGGAUCGGAGGUAAUGGUAUGGACAUGGAUACUGGAGAGCUAGUCACAAUACAACACCAUGCUACCAGCCCAAGACAUCCACAUACAACUAUAGCACACCACCAUCAACAAUUUCAAGCAACUAAUAUUAUAAUAAAUCAAGGACAAACGCCAGAUGGCGUACCGAAUAUGUUUUCGCCGCACGGACAGCGCCCUCGACCCGGGGCGCCACCGCAAAUGGGGCAUUCGCCUGGGCAACAAAUGAUCUCUAACCAUCCAAAUAGCCAAAUGACACAAAUGGGCCCUGGAACUCCCCAGAUGGGUAGAACUACACCCCAAAUAGGACCAGGAACACCACAGAUGGGUCCUGGAACGCCCCAAAUGGGACCUGGCACACCACAAAUGUGUCCUGGUACGCCACAAAUGGGACCUGGUACACCUCAAAUGGGCCCUGGCACUCCUCAAAUGGGACCUGGAACACCACAAAUGGGUCCUGGUACACCUCAGAUGGGUCCUGGCAAUCCACAGAUGGGGUCCAAUGUGCCACAAAUGGCGUCACCUAGAAUGGCGUCAGCUCCCAACCAAAUGUCACCUGGCGCUCCACAAAUCACAAAUAUAAGCCAAGGGAUGUCUAUGAAUGCUCAGCAAAUGAUGGGUCAGCAGAGAGCUAUAGCACCAAAGCUAGAGCCACCAGAUACAAUGGAUGCGCGAACUAUGUGGAGAAUGAAUCAUUCGGCUAUGCCAGUUACUAUGUCCCCGGGAGGGUCUACCCCUAUUAUAGAUGGCGCGAACAACACGUUCUUCACAACAGAACAAACAUCAGCCGACACACAACUUACGCAGUCAAUGCCAGCAGGCUCAGUGGCGGUAUCAAAUGUUAGUUCAGUACCAGUUACAGCUGUAGCGUCCCCUAUUGAACCUCAACAAAAUGGUUUCACUGCGACAAGUCCGCCUCAGCAAAGCCCCUUGCCCCAUCGCACUCAGCAUCAACAAGGUACCUGGACGGGCAAUAACACUCUAACGUAUACGCAGAGCCUUGCCCCGCCGCCGGCCGCACCGCCCGUUCCAGUGGACGCACCAUCACACCAUCACCAUUACUAUAAUGGCAACCCGGGCGGUCUUCUAUCUAGCCAGCCAGCGCCAGAGUACUGGUGUUCGGUCGCGUACUUUGAGUUGGACACGCAGGUCGGGGAGACAUUCAAAGUGCCCUCUAGUCGACCUAAUGUUACUGUUGAUGGUUAUGUGGAUCCCUCUGGCGGCAACAGAUUCUGCUUGGGCGCGUUAAGUAAUGUUCACAGAACUGAACAGAGUGAAAGAGCUAGGUUACACAUAGGUAAAGGCGUCCAACUCGACUUGCGUGGUGAAGGGGACGUAUGGUUACGAUGUCUUUCAGACCACUCGGUGUUUGUGCAGUCCUAUUACCUCGAUCGAGAGGCUGGUAGGGCUCCAGGGGAUGCAGUCCAUAAGAUAUAUCCCUCUGCUUGUAUUAAGGUAUUCGAUCUCCGUCAAUGUCACCGCCAAAUGCAGACGCAAGCGGCGACUGCGCAAGCGGCCGCAGCUGCGCAGGCUGCCGCUGUCGCUGGACAUAUUGCGCCUGCGCAUCCGGGGAUGAACAAAUGUUUAUCAGCGGCCGCAGGAAUAGGAGUAGAUGACUUGAGAAGAUUGUGCAUCGAGACACCUUGCUGGGUUGAAGUUCAUUUACACAGAGAGCGACUACAAUUGCUGGACGAGGUUCUUCACACGAUGCCUAUAGACGGACCUCGGACUAACAUCGAGUAG